GAGGGAGCGUUUGCGUAUGGCCAGCCGUUCCCCUCCUUUCACUUCAUAUCAGAGAAACCACAACCCAUAUAUCCACAAAAGACAAGAAACGCAAAGCAAAGCUCUCGACACCCAUAUGCCCGAAGCUCCAUGGCCGAGACUGCCGGCCUUGUCCUCGGCGCCCUCGGCGUUGCGGGCUUGAUCAGUGUCUGCCUUGACUGCUACAACUUUGUGCAGGAUGGUCGUUCAGUCGGACAGAGCUAUGCCCAAUUCGAGGCCGACAUGAGCCACCAGUCCGUCCGCCUCUUCGCCUGGGCCAAAGCAUGCGGUUACAUGACCGUACAAGGCCCAGAUCCACGUCUUGGUGGCGAGUGGGAGCGCCACGUGAAGAUGCAGCUGAACUGCAUCGCCCUGCUUUUCCUGGACGCACAGAAGCUGACGGGGCGCUAUCACGUCGUUGAUGACUUGGCGUCCCGAUCCUCCAUCGGAUCCAGCGUGGUUGCCGCAAAUUCGCAAUUCUUCGAGGCUGGGCUCAACGACGCCCUCAGCAGCAUCCGCAAGACAAAGAAGAAAGCCGGACUUCGCGGUUUUUUUACAUUCGGGCUGAGGGACAAGAAGCGAUGUGAGGAGACGGUCCAGAACCUGGAGAAGUGUCUCACCGCGCUGGAGUUUGUGGCGCAGAACUUGGACCUGUUCCAACUGGAGAACGACAUCAUAAAACACGAGAUCGAAACAAGCACCGACGUCGACGCCCUGCAAAGCAUGGUCGUUGCCCGGCCUGGGUCGGAUCAGGCGAGCCUCAUCUCCGACGCUGCCAGCCAGCGCAUCCGUCUGCUUGAGGACGCCAUGACUGUUUCCUCUGGACCCACGAGCUGGGGUGGCGAGCGGCAGACUUUCGUCACGGCCCCGUCGCAACUAUCGCGCAUCGAGGAAGACGGCCGGGUCGGCGAACGGGUGGAAUCGGUCACCGGUGAGGGCCCCCUUCGCGACGGGCAGGAAGGAAUCACGCAGCCGGAUGUGGGCCAGAACGUGCGUAUCAUGCGCGAGCUGCUCAAGAACGGCGAGGAGGAGAAGCCCACUCCUCAUCUCGACGACAAAGGAUGGGGCGACCGCUUGAAAACGCUGAAACUCAGGGACAAGGAAGAGUUAGAAGCCUUUUCGGGGGUUGGCACCAUUUCAUCAAAACGUAUAGCCGGGGAAAUUCGGGCGUUCCUCAAGGACGACAGCCUUGCUUGGAUGUCGAUGCGAUUCUUGGAGUCUUCGGCCGCGGAGACGGUCGCCCGCAUCACUUUCGAGGGGCCUCCUCACAGCGCCUACCAAGGUGGCAUCUUCCACGCCGCCAUGACUUUCGACAGCCACUAUCCGUUUCUGCCACCAAAGCUCAGGCUUCUAACAAAGAUUUACCAUCCCAACAUCGAUGUCGAUGGAAAAGUCUGCAUGGACUCCCUUGAACGCCUGGAAGCUAGAGAUGCCGGAUGGGGCCCCCACAUGCACAUCUCGAACAUCUUGACUGGGCUCACGUCGCUACUUACAGACCCUGGCGUGGACGACCCGCUGGUCCCGGAAAUAGCACAGACCUAUGUACUGGACAGGGAGCUCUACAACCACAACGCAAGGAUGGUGACGGCGAAAUACGCUACAACCUCGCAAAGCUACCCAAGGUUUGGCGUUGGUCCAGAGCUGUUUGAGGAGGAGAAAGCGGUUGCUGCAGAGUAGGAGAAGGGGCAUGGAUGAUGUAACAUGCGGACCAUAUUGUUGCUGGGCAAAUUGAAUACAAGGCUUCUAGACUAGACCAGGAAAAAAGUUCUCCUACGUACUCUAAACACGCUACUACGCCUGAUUUUUCAAGUGGC